UCUCUCGCCCCCCCUCUCUCCAUCUCUCUCUCUCUCUCUCCCUGCUCGUUUUUUUCUUGCUCUUCCUUCAACUUCGAUGGCUCGAGUGGCCCAUUUGCACUCAUGCUCGCAGCCGAGGAGGGAUGUAAGGUACGGGCCACCCACCGCCCUCACAUUGAUCGGAGUAGCGGCGUGAUUCAGGUCGCGAUAUCUGAGUGACAGCAAGUGGGAGAGAGAAAAGAAGAAACUACUUUCGACAUGUGAAUUAUCGACGUCUGCUCCCCUCAGCCCACCGACUCGCCUUGUCCUAUGCUCUCGACAACGGGAUUUCAAGAGGAACAUGACCGUGGCGUGAAGUACUUCUGGGGACGCCCGACGCACACAUCUCCGCUGAAGUGGACUGGGUGGAUGGUUAUUUCCCAAAUAGUUCAAGCCUAUGUGCGCCGCAUUCGUCUGUUGGGAACGCUGCCCAGUGUCUUCGAGAACAGAGGAAUGCUGGUCCAAGAUCUAAUGCCAUUCACUUUAAGUUGUUGGCCUCUUUUCCUCGGUCACUGCCUUCUGUCGCUGUUUUUACUCUCAUGCCAGGGAGAACUCCAGAGGUCAUGCUCACGGACAGUGGCGGAGAAAGUUAGUGAACAGUGCCAGCUGGCAUGCCACUGUAGAAGAUACCCUCCCCUCCCUCCACCACCACCUCCCCCGCCUCCCCCGCGGCUACUGGGCGCCACAGAGCCCGAGCCCAGGGUGCCCUUGUUGAGCCCCUGGUGGAUGGAGAUGGACAUUGUAGUGCUUGGAACGGUGGGCUGUGCCUCGGUGGUGUUCCUCUUCUCAGCCAUCAUCAUCUGCUACAAAGCCAUCAAGAGGAAACCACUACGAAAAGAAGAGAACGGGACGAGUCGUGGGGAAUAUGCCAUGAGCAUCCGCAACAAGAAGGCCAUGGGUACGAACAACACUGUGGUAUAGACCGUCUCCUGGUAGGCGCCGGAAGUGACAUCACCGUUAGCGUCUCUCACCCUACCCCGAAUUCAAAAUAUCCCUUCUCACCCAGAAUGCCACAGGGUUUUUUUUCGACCCACGUAUUCAAAUACCUUCCCUAUUUGCUUGGCAUGUUGACCGGACUAAAGACACCAUUCGGCUCAAGAAGAGCUGAAAAAGACGGAAGGGGGAAAAAAAAUUGAAGGCCGAGAGAACGAAGAGAAAGAUCCACAAACCCCCAUGGUGUCUGAAAGUGGCACAGCAGGCUGAACAUUAUGCUGUUGGUAACAGCAAGUGUUGCUGACAGGCUGGUUGGCUGCUGGCUGGAGAGGGACUGUCUGCCAGUCUGCCGCAGAUCCAGACCUCACACGCUGUUGACAUCGUCAAAGGAACAACAGACAAUGCAGCAGCCCUGCAGUCCCAUGGGUGGCCGGACAGGACAGGACAGGACAGGACAGCCCCUCACACACCAUAAAUAAUGUGCAUGCAGUUUUUACAGAGAAUGCAACAUUUUUUAUAUACCAAUUCUCACAAUGUCCAUCUUUGGUUCUCCAUUUUUUGAGACGGAUGCUUGGUGAGAGGCAUGAUGUUACUGCUGGUCCUGGCUCCCGAGAUGUGGAUUCAUCUGACUAUGCAAUUUAAAGAAAUCCAUAUUUAUACUUAAAAAAAUGAGAGGAGCAGCAACAUCAACAUGGUACAUUCUGGUUAUUUUACCAUGCCAAAAAUGCCACAGAAGACUUAAAGGCUCAAUGUAAUAUACUUCUUUCAUUCAUCUAUUUAUUUUGCUCUAUUUAUUUACUUAUCUACCUUUGAAUUUAUUUUUCUACUUAAAAGAAAAAAAGAACUGUCUUGUAAGUUGCUCAAAUCUUGAACAUCUUGAUGAAUCCAUCUUAUUUCUUGAUAGCUCUGUUUUUUUUAAGUGAAUCAUUUAUAAACGCAUAUAAUUCAUUUGUGACGCUCCGAUGCUUUGAGCCUGCUGUCAGUUUGUUGAGACACUGAUGCAGAAAACACGCUUGCUCUGCGAAGAGUUUUGGUAUCAGUUGUUUUGUCUCUGGGUGUUUGAUAUGCUUCACUCUGUGUCACCGAGACUUCAGCUACAAAGUAAGGGGUCUUCACGAUGUGCAAUGUGAAUGUGUGUUCUCAAAAACAUUAAUUCUGUGCUGCACCCUAUGCCAGCCCCCAUUAUCAGUCCCCCCUCAACAAGUUAAACGUGCCAUCGCCGGUCAUCUGGUUAAUUCUUGUUGUUUCAGAGUCCUGGGGUCAGCUAGAUGCCUUCAGCGGUGUUUUGUGGAUUGGAUUUGACAAUCUUCCUUUUCUUCUCUUUUUUGUUUCUAUCUGUCAUGAAGGGCUUAGCCCAUCACUGGAGAAACAGGGGACAUGAGCCCAGCGCUGACCCUGUGACUGGUGACAGACAGGAGACUUAGCCAAUAGCCAGAGAUCAGGUUGCACAGAGGAAGGCCUCAGCAGGGAUCCUCCACAUCUCCGCUGGAAAAAAACACAACUUAGCUGAACUGGAGCGUCUCCCUACGCUGCUCUGCUUUUUUUACAUUAAAUCUGUGUGCGUGCGUGCGUGUGUGUGUGUGUGUGUGUCUCUGUCUGUCUGUGAGUGUGCAUGCAGAUGAGCGUACUCUGAGAGUGGGCUACUCUCUGGGACAGAAUAGAUAUUGGCUUAACUGUGGAAAUUUGGGAGAUGAAAAAAGGGCCCCGCAAGCUUGCAUCUAAACAUGCAUAGGUAUUAGCUAACAGUAUACCCCGACAUGUACCUAUAUGAGAGAUAUGAUGGAUGCAUGAAUGUAAAUAUUGAUAUUUAAAUAUCUGCCUUCUGGACUGUUAAUUCAUGUACAGUGUAACAGAACAUAUGUUUAUACAUAGCAAAACUGAAAACAAUGUGCUACCAUUUAGGAUAAUGUCAAUGUCGUCAUGUUGAUGGAGCAAGCCAUUAAUGUAUAUAUGGCAAUCAAUAGUACAUACACAAUUUACGCAUUAUACCAAACAGAUAGAAAGAUGUGUAUAAGUUGAUUUUGUUGCUGAGUUUUUCAGUUGUAAAUAAAACUGUACAUAAUAACGGA